ACAGAGACAAUACCUUACCUGAUGACGUCAUGUUCUGGACAAGUGACAACCUUCGGGAGAACUGCCUCAGGACUCUAUAUUGAAUCAGCCAGGGGUGAGACCAGACUACCCUUGCCGUGCACGUUAGAGUGUGAUGAAAUACCGAACAACUACCAAGAGAUCCCUACACCUGACGUUGCUCUUCAGCACGAGCACAUGCGGGAUAUAGCCGGCGACAUCCUACCCAUUGACGCUUCAAGAAAAAUUCUGUUGCUGAUAGGAAGAGACCUUCCUCAAGUCCACCAUGUUCUUGAGCAGCGCAUAGGACGUGACCACGAACCAUUUGCACAGAGGUCACCCCUUGGUUGGACGAUCAUCGGCGACACAUGCUUGUCUGGACAACACAGACCAAGAGCUGCGAAUGUGUACAAGACCUUCAUCACGGACAGCGGACGUGGAACUAUUCUUGAACCAUGUGCCCAGUACUUAUCCGUGAGAGAGAAGCUUCCAACCAGAGAUGUGACAAACAGAUUACGGGUAUCUGACACUUCAUCUGAUGAACACUUAUUCAGACGCACACCAGAUGAUAACAAAGUGGGAUCAUCAGUGGAAGAUAGGAUGUUUAUGGACAUCAUGAACAAAGAACUAUUGAUAGGUGAGGAUGGAAAGUGGGUAGCUCCCCUACCCUUCCGCCAACCAAGAUUACGACUACCAAACAACUAUGAGGUUGCAUUGAGACGUGCACGAGCCUUGGACGCAAGUCUCAAGAGAGAUCCAGUAAAGAAGGAACACUUUGCGACCUUUAUGACAAAGCUGUUCGACAACGAUCAUGCUGAGAAAGCACCCACUUCCAAGUCAACGCAGGAGCAGUGGUUUCUUCCUCUCUUCGGGGUCUACCACCCUCAGAAACCUCACCAGAUCCGGGGCGUAUUUGAUUCCUCUGCGAAGUUCAAGGGAACCUCUUUGAACGACCAACUGCUGUCUGGCCCGAACCUCACCAACAGCUUGCUUGGAGUGUUGCUUCGUUUCAGGAAGGAGAUGAUUGCUGUCGUAGCAGACGUGCAGCACAUGUUUCACUGCUUCACCGUCAGAGAAGAGCACAGAGACUUUCUCAGCUUCCUUUGGUACAAGGACAACGAGAUCGGAACGGAACUAACAGAAUUCCGAAUGAAGGUCCACGUUUUUGGUAAUAGUCCUUCUCCGGCCAUAGCGACACUGGGCCUCAGGAAGAUCUCAGAACUAUCUGAGGAAAGCCAUGGACCUGAUGUCAAGGAGUUCAUCAAGAGGAACUUCUACGUGGAUGAUGGUCUGACAUCAUGCUCAACAAGCCAAGAAGCAGUAGACCUGUUGUGCAGAACCCAGGACGCAUUGAAGCAAUACGGGAACCUAAGGCUCCACAAGUUCGCAUCAAACAGCGCGGAUGUCAUGAAGGCGUUUGAGCCACGAGACUUAGCACAGGACAUCUACGACCUGAACCUUGAUGAGGACCAGCUCGUGCAACGGAGUCUUGGUAUGCGAUGGAACUUGUCGAGUGAUAUGUUCGAGUUCCGCAUCUCUACUGAUGACAAGCCCACAACACGCAGAGGUGUACUGUCGACAGUGAACAGCCUCUUCGAUCCAUUAGGCUUUCUCUCACCUGUUAUCAUCAGCGGGAAACUCAUUCUUAGAGACGUAGUGACCUGUACCUCAGACUGGGAUGAGCCGCUGCCGGACCAUAUUCUGGCAAGCUGGGAAGAGUGGAGUUCAUCUCUGAAGGAGUUGGAGAAGAUCCACAUACCCAGAACAACCGUGGUACAUCUUAGCAAGGCAGUAAGAAAGGAACUGUGGACAUAUGCGGACGCGUCAGAGAAAGCCAUAGCUGCCGUUUCUUACAUGAAGGUGUACUACGAAGAUGGCUCUGCGAUGACUGGAUUUCUACUAGGGAAGUCUAAAGUGGCACCAGUAUCAGGCCAUACCAUACCCCGUUUAGAGCUUUGUGCAGCUGUUCUAGCCAUUGAGAUAUCGCAGAUAGUCAUGGAUCACAUGGACAUAAUGUUCGACUCGGUGAAGUAUUUUUCCGACAGUCGUGUGGUAUUGGGGUAUAUCCACAAUGAUAAGAGACGAUUUUUUAUUUACGUCUCCAACAGGGUCGAGAAAAUCAGAAGCCUUAGUGAGCCGUCGCAGUGGAACUUUGUGCCGACACACCUCAACCCUGCUGACGAGGGCACUAGAGGCGUAGUUCCUAAGGACAUUGGAGAGUGUGCUUGGCUUAGAGGAACUACUCACCUGCAGCGCAUUGACGACGAAACCAAGGCAGAAGGGUUUCCCCUACAGGAACCUCUGUCAGACAGAGAAGUCAGACCUGUAUGUUUGAAGACUGAGUGUGAACCUAUGCUUGGAACUCAGAGAUAUGAGAGAUUUUCCAGCUGGGACAGAUUGGUCGAGGGUAUCGCCCUGCUCCAGCGAUUCAUCAUAAGCAGAAAGGGAGGUAAAUCACAGAUUUUACCGAAGUCCAUAGACUACUCUCAAAGAGCAGAAAACUACAUUAUCAAGACAGUGCAAAGAGAAGUCUAUUGUGAGGAGAUUUACUGUCUGAGGUCCAAACAACCAUUGCCGAAGAAUAGCAGCAUUCUUGCAUUGAGUCCGUUCCUCGACGACGAUGGUAUUGUUAGAGUUGGUGGACGCUUAAGACAUCUCAACGAUGCGACUGUCUGCAAGAACCCUAUACUAAUACCGGGGAAGCAUCACAUUGCGACCUUACUUGUACGCAAGUACCAUCAACUGGUGCAACACCAAGGGCGCCACUUUACGGAGGGAAAGGUCAGGUCCUGUGGGUUCUGGGUCACCGGCUGCAAGCGCCUUGUUUCGUCCCUCAUUCACAAGUGUGUUACUUGUCGGCGACAACGUGGGAGCUUCGCAACCCAGAAGAUGUCUGACUUGCCUACAGACCGCAUACUGCCAGGAGAGCCACCGUUCACUUCGGUGGGAGUAGAUAUCUUUGGGCCCUGGGACGUCGUGACUCGUCGCACUCGGGGAGUUCCAGCCAACGGCAAACGAUGGGCAGCACUGUUCACAUGUCUGGUGACACGCGCAGUCCAUGUCGAGGUAGUAGAGGAGAUGUCCGCAUCAUCCUUCAUCAACGCCCUGAAGCGCUUUACAGCCAUACGAGGACAGGCAAAGGAGUACCGUUCCGACAGAGGAACCAACUUUGUUGGCGCUACCGACCCUCUACAGAUCGACGCAAUCAACGUGGAAGAUCGUCAGGUCAAGGAUUUCCUGCACUCUCGGGGAACAACCUGGAUUUUCAACCCGCCCCAUGCAUCCCAUAUGGGUGGAGCUUGGGAGCGCAUGAUAGGGUUGACACGGCGCAUAUUGGACAACAUGUUGAAGGAUCAUUCAGCACAGGGUCUUACGCACGAGGUACUUACCACCUUUCUGGCCGAGGCAAGUGCGAUCAUAAAUUCUCGCCCACUUACCGCCGUUUCGUCAGAUCCAGACUCGCCUUUUGUCCUUACCCCAAGCAUUUUGCUUACUCAGAAGACGGAUGUACCGACCGAAGCUGUAUGCGACACAACUGCUAAGGACCUCUUCAAGGUACAGUGGAAGAGAGUACAGCACCUCGCCAAGAUGUUCUGGGACAAAUGGAAGAAGGAAUACCUGCAUACCUUGCAAGCGCGUAAGAAGUGGCAUCAUGGUCAACGUAACAUUAGUGUUGGUGACAUAGUGUUGUUAAAGGAUGUCGAAACCCAUCGCAACAACUGGCCGCUUGGACGCAUUACUGCAACGUUUCCUGGCAAGGACAACUUGGUUCGCAAGGUUGAAGUACGUGUCAGCAAGGACGGCAAGACCACCUCUUACGUCAGACCAGUGACGGAACUCAUUUUAUUAUUGGAGAACUGAAUGUUUUCUGUACUAAAUUGUAUUCAAAUCUUGUGUGAUAUAAUUUUAUAUAUCAGACGGGGAGUGUCAUGUUUCGUGUACAUUUUAUUUUUUGUUACGAAAGAUUUGUCGUACGACUUAAUUUUUUAUGUUGGAAAACCGCGCCAUACUCGAUGUAUGCACAACUCUGAUUCUCUGUAUCGAGGCUUGUAAUCCACAGUCUUUUUACCGUCGUCUGAGACGGUUAUCUGUCUCCCAAAUAAACUGAUUUCACCGACACUUGUGAGUCCGACUUUUAUUGGGGCAGAAC